GGAGAGUCCAGUCCUACACCUGGUUCAGGCCCCAUACAUAAAAAUCAAAUAAAACUCCCAAAUCAGUAAGAUGCAGCGCUAUGCUAAACACACAGAGGUAACUGACGGCAAAAUUCUUUAACUCAUUUAAACUGCAGUGUAUUUCAUCAGAGACCUAUGCAGUGUUGCAUAUCAGACACCUAGCCAAAUUGAAAUUAUUUAAAUGCAACUGGAGCCUUUAGGUGGAUCUGGCAAUUCUAUUCAGGCCCUUCGUUUAAUAUUCUUAAUAAAAUUUGUUACCAUGUUUUGAUGUGAAAAAACACUCACCCACCUUUGAUUACAUUGAACACAUUUUUUUUUAAAAAAAAGAAGAUUGUUAGAUCAAUUCAUUAGUUGUUAGACCUUGAUGCCCUCGGACUGAAAAAUAUUUAUGCAUAUUCUGAUUGAUAUAACUGAUAUAAUUGAUUAGUUGUCAUAUAUAAAAGCCAUUGAAUAUUUCCUUUGUUACUAGCCCCCUUCCCACUAUAACAUUACAGCCAACCAGGUACAAGAAACUAGAAUAUUUUGGUGACUAUAUCCAAUCCCCUAUCAGUAUUUACACGAUUUAAUUUGCAUAAUCACCCUCAAAGCCAAUCAGCAAACAGAGAGGUGGGGCAAAUAUGCUCUUACCGGUUUCGCUUUGCCUUUUCGUUCAACUGCCACAUUUCAAACUAGAAUGGCGACCGCUCUCUGCGGUCUACAGUCCACUGGCAGUAAAUCGGCAAAGACUCACCAAGACCAGCGCAGGAAAGCGAAGGACUCCCGGCGAAGACAGGCUGCUCUGCUGUUUCUCAGUAAUAUCUCACUCGACGGACGACCCCAGUGUCAACCUAGCGAUGGAAAUGUCGACCAGAAAGCCGCUGAGGAGCCCCGACCCAGGGACAGAGACUGCGGUGCCGCUGUUGUGCCCCAGCCGUCGGAUAGUCAAGGACCUGUCGCCCAGGUGACAGACGUCGCCGCAAGCGGUAGUGGCUCAUCCUCCAGUUUCCCAGGGGUGGUCGGUCCGGGUGGACCUUCUUUGGUAAUGUCCGGGCCAGGUGCUGUUGGAGCUAACGAGGUAUUUUUGGAUAAUACCAGUGCGGCCGAGACGCUAACCCCAGACACUCCUCUUUCUCCCGUCCCGACCGGACACCCGCACUGCUCCCGUGUCAAGUCAACGCCCGCCGCGCUCAGUCCCGUCGGUGCCGGUAAUUCUCUGGAUUCACGGCAGAGGCUGAGGAAUGUCUCUGGCUCACCGGGACCCAAAGUGCCAAAGAAAGUCCACUUCAUCAAGAGUAUGAGGCAGUACGAUACCCGAGGAUCCAGGAUCAUGCUGAUUUGUGCCAAGCGGUCGCUUUACGCUGCUUUCUCAGUGCUGCCCUAUGGAGAGAGUUCAAAUAUCAGUGACCCUAAGCUGGAGGCUCAGAGGCAAAGACUCUCCUCGGUGGUGGCUGCUGAUCUGCUUCCUUCUCUGGAAGGUGUGGAGAUGGGUGCCUGUGGAAAGACGGUGUCCUACGCUCAGUUUCUUUAUCCAACCAAUGCCUUGGUGAGACAAAAGAGCGGUGGCAGCAGCAGCGGUGGUCCACCAGAUAACUGCACAGCCCAGACCCCUCAGUCACGUCUCCGAGGCAACGGGCAGAAGGGCUUCACCCCUGCUCGUCUGAACAACAGCGCGGCACAGGACCCAUAUGUGGAGGAGGUGGCGGAAUAUGACCCAAACCUGCUCAGUGACCCUCAGUGGCCCUGCGGGAGACACAAGCGGGUUCUCAUAUUUGCAUCAUACGUGACGACGGUCAUUGAAUACGUGAAACCAUCUGACCUGAAGAAGGACAUGAAUGAGACUUUCAAGGAGAAGUUUCCCCACAUUAAACUGACACUGAGCAAGAUAAGAAGCCUGAAGAGAGAGAUGAGGGCCGUGAGCGAGGAGUGCGGCCUCCAGCCGGUGACCAUAGCAAUGGCUUUUGUUUACUUUGAGAAGCUGGUGCUGCAGGGACGCCUCAACAAGCAGAACAGGAAGCUGGUGGCGGCGGCGUGCGUGCUGCUGGCUGCAAAGAUCAGCAGCGAUCUGAGAAAGCCAGAAGUUAAACAGCUGAUUGAUAAGCUGGAGGAGCGUUUCCGCAUAAACAGACGCGAACUGAUUCCUCUGGAGUUCCCGGUACUGGUUGCCUUGGAGAUGGGACUAUAUCUCCCCGAGAGCAAGGUCAUGCCGCACUACCGAAGGCUGGUACAGCAAGGUUAGACCGGACGUGGCGGAGUAGGACGUGCACACGUGUGGCGUGUCGACCAGUUUAUAAGCUGUGGUGUUUGAAAUAAAUACUUGUGGUACUAUUUAUUGUUGCUGUACAUUAACUAGGUUACACUCGGACUUGAUGGCAUGUGUUUCUCUCCCUGAAUGUCUUUUUGUAGGUGUGACGUUCUCAUGUUGAUCCAGUCAUGAGCUCUAUGUUAGAGAUGUUCACUGAGCACAUUAAUGGUGCUUUUAUUUUGGUUUCUUGUGGGUUUUUAGGAUGCCACCCUGUUUUAACGUCUUUGUAAAGGCACGCUUGUGUGUGUGUGUGUGUGUGUGUGUGUGUGUGUGUGUGUGU